CUCCCCUAGCAGGGCUGGGCUGGAGACCGCUGCACCGGGGGCUGCUGGGAGAUUGCACCGUCCAUAACGGUUACUUCAUAUACAGAUUUUAGGUACCUAUUUCUGAAUAACUGUGCACUGGAACGUCACCCCAAAAGUGAAGGCGAAGACUGCUUUAUUUUCAGCGCUGGAGAUUUUCUUCCCUCAAGCUCCUGUGGCCCAGAGACAGUGAAGGAUGAUUCCGUUUGGGGGCAUCUCGGCCUGCAUACACACGCAGAGACUGAAAGCUGACGGGAUGGGGUCCAAAGAGCAGGCGGUGAGGUUCCUCAACCAGGACUACGAGGCCCUCAAGCAGGAGUGCUUGGACGGGGGGACGCUCUUUGAGGACCCCUGCUUCCUCGCUCAGCCCCAGUCCCUCGGCUUCAAGGAGCUGGCCCCACACUCCUCCAAAACCCGGGGGGUGAAGUGGGUGCGACCCACGGAGUUGUCGAAGAACCCACAGUUUAUCGUGGGUGGAGCUACGAGAACUGACAUCUGCCAGGGGGCGUUAGGUGACUGCUGGCUCCUGGCAGCCAUCGCCUCUCUCACCCUGAACGAGACAGUGCUCCACCGGGUGGUUCCUCACGGCCAGAGCUUCCAGGAUGACUACGCCGGAAUCUUCCACUUCCAGUUCUGGCAGUUCGGGGAGUGGGUGGACGUCGUCAUUGACGACAGGCUUCCAGUGAAGGACGGAGAGCUGAUGUUCGUUCACUCCGCCGAGGGGAAUGAGUUCUGGAGCGCUCUGAUCGAGAAGGCCUACGCCAAGCUGAACGGGUCGUACGAGGCCCUGUCUGGGGGCAGCACCACGGAAGGGUUUGAGGACUUCACGGGGGGCGUGUCGGAGAUGUUCGAGCUGCGCAGCGCCCCCAAGGACCUGUACAGGAUCAUCAGCAAGGCCCUGGAGAGGGGCUCCCUGCUGGGCUGCUCCAUCGAUAUCACCAGUGCCUUUGACAUGGAAGCUGUCACCUUUAAGAAGCUGGUGAAAGGUCACGCCUACUCUGUCACUGGGCUGAAGCAGGUGAGCUUCAGGGGUGGAAUGGAGAGGCUGAUCCGGAUCCGGAACCCCUGGGGGCAGGUGGAGUGGACCGGGGCCUGGAGUGACGGCUCCUCUGAGUGGGACCAGAUCGACCCGGGGGACCGGGAGGACAUGAACUGCCGCAUGGAGGACGGGGAGUUCUGGAUGUCCUUUAAGGAGUUCACGCGGCAGUUCUCGCGCUUGGAGAUCUGCAACCUCACAGCCGACGCUCUCAGUGACGACACCCUCAGUUUCUGGCACACCAUCAAGUUCGACGGCACCUGGAGGAGGGGCAGCACGGCGGGGGGGUGCAGGAACCACCCCAACACGUUCUGGAUAAACCCGCAGUUUAAGGUCACCCUGCUGGAGGAGGACGACGACCCCGAGGACGACGAGGUGGCCUGCAGCUUCCUGGUGGCGCUCAUGCAGAAGGACCGCCGCAGGUUCCGCCGCCAGGGCCAGGACAUGCACACCAUCGGCUUCGCCGUGUACGAGGUUCCUGACGAGUUCCGGGGUUGCCAGAGUGUUCACCUGAAGAAGGACUUCUUCCUGAAGCACUCCUCGUGCGCGCGCUCCGAGACCUUCAUCAACCUGCGGGAGGUGAGCGCCCGGCUGCGCCUCCCCCCCGGGGAGUACAUCGUCGUCCCCUCCACCUUCGAGCCCAGCAAGGAGGCCGACUUCGUCCUCCGCGUCUUCACAGAGAAGCAGUCCGAGACCGAAGAGUUGGAUGAUGAUGUCACGGCUGAUUUGGAAGACCAGGAGGAAAUCUCAGAAGACGAUGUUGACGAAUCUUUCAAGGUCAUGUUUAGGCAGCUCGCCGGUGAGGACAUGGAAAUCUCUGUCUUCGAGCUCAGAACCAUCCUGAACAGAGUGGUGACCAAACACAAGGACUUAAAGACAGACGGAUUCAGCAUGGAGUCCUGCAGAAGCAUGAUUACCCUCUUGGACAAAGAUUGCAGCGCCCGAUUGGGCAUCGUGGAGUUCCAGAUUCUGUGGAACAAGAUCCGAAAGUGGCUGGGAAUAUUCCGGCAGUUUGACCUUGACAAGUCAGGCGCCAUGAGCUCCUAUGAGAUGCGCCUUGCCUUGGAGUCCGCAGGCUUCAAGCUGAACAACAAGCUGAUCCAGGUCAUGGUGGCAAGAUAUGCAGAGAACGAGACCAUAGACUUUGACAACUUUGUCUGCUGUGUGGUCAAGCUUGAGUCCAUGUUUAGGGCUUUCAAGGAACUGGACAAAGAUGGGACAGGCGUGGCUGAAAUGAACAUUACCGAGUGGCUGUACAUGACCAUGUGCGGCUGAGGAGAAACUGCUCAGAGGAAGAAAGGGGCUGGAUCAUCCUGCCAACACGGGCCUAUCAUAGCCCUCAGUUUCUGCAUAAGUCCCACCCGCCCUGCCUUAACUUCCAACCAAUCCAGAGGUGACUGAGGUCUAAACCACGCCUAUAUGGCCUUACUACUUAUGACCAAUGAUCCAUAACAUUUCCGUCUACUGUGCUUAACCACUCCCAUUUUUACACUAUGCAGAAAUACUGUUCUCACACAGAACAUUUAAACUGCAUGUAGCAAUACAUUACAAUAGAGGAACAUUUAACCUUCAUGAAGCAGUAAAAUAAA